CGUUUAUUACAUACUACAGAUAAUAUUACAUAUAUAUACAUAGAUGCACAAACUCUACACACAUAAUUGGGUAUUUCUUAUAAUAAAUAGUGUUAUGUAAUCUAAGUGAAUAUGUGAUUAUAUAAUACAAAUUAUAUUUGAUUAUUGUAAUUAACAUCCAUUAUCAAGAUGGACAUCAUUUACAGUUGGUGUAUUAUCUGGUGUUUAUUAAAUCUCAAUUUAAAUGGGAAAAUUGGUCAAGCGCAAGAAGACAGUUCCACAGAAGAUCCUAUUACUGAUCCUCCCACUUUCGAUAAUACAACAAUGACCAGUACAACAAGUGAUUUCACCAAUAAACCAGAAGAGGAAAACUCUACCACAGAUGACACUAAUUAUACUACAAUCCCCAGUUAUUCUAGUACUGACAUAAUCACAAACGAUGCUACAAAUUUAAAAUGUCAACGAAUAUUCUACAUGAUAGUUGGAUUGAUCAGUCUAAUGGCAAUCAAUUAACGAAAAAAAGCACUUACUCUCUGUAAUCAAUGUAUAACUAGUUCCAUAUUAAGUGAUUUGUUAUAACUGAGUAUGUGAUCUAAUCCUAAUUGCUAAUCAAAAUGGGUGUACAAUCAAUAUAUAAACAGGUGUAUUUUAGACUAGAUUCGACUCGUCGUUGUCAUAGUGUUUUGGGGCUAAUAAAUCUUCACUUAUACCAGUCUUGUGUUCUUAUUUUCGCAUUGGGGGAAUUGCCGUGGUCUCUCGUUCCGAGUAUAAGUGAUCAGCGUUUUUGGAGCACAACAAUUGGUUAUCAGGAUUCAGUAGAUAAAUAGAUAACGUGAUGGCGUUCGAGUCCCAGAGUGAGCAUCAACUCUUUGAGAUGCAGAUACAUUUGGCUGACCAAUCUCAAAUAGAACGAAACACGCAUCCUAACUUUCACUACUAACUACUAUCCAUCUUUACUAUCAUUAAUUAUUUGUUCCUUAUUUAUCAUUACAAUCAUUACAAGUAUUGUUUUCUUUUUAUUCCUUAAAUUUAUAGAUUUCAUAAAACAAUUCAUUAAACUAUUAACCGUGAACUGUUAGUAACAGUAAUUGAAUAGUUACCUUUCUUCCCUUUUCUUGUAAUAUGAACAUUUUAUUGAUUUAAAUCAGAGUAAUUAGUUACCAAAUUUGAAUGAUAUAUAUUUUUUUAAAAAUUUUUUUUUCAAAAUUAUAAUAGUUAUCAUACAAUAAAAA